AUGCCCACGUCGACAGCAUUGGUCUCUCAACUUUCGGAACGAGAGCCGGUUUUGACCAUCUUCAGAAGAAAUGUCAUGAACCCAAUCAUAAUAUCUUCGCUCUCACUCUUCUUGUAUGGUCUCUAUAUUCUGCUCUUCCGCAUCAGCAUUGUACUCUUGAAGAGGCGCAAGAAAAGUCGAGAACGAUCAUUCCAUCAAAUCUCUCUAAGAACUCUCUUUGUCUUGGCUUCGAUCGGUGUUCCGCUGGGGCUAGCACAUGAUGUUCUUGCAACAACCAAACCGGUUUGGCGACUUGCGGGACUGGGGCUUCCCUUCCCGGCGUAUCAAAAAGAUCUGUCGAUACGUGAUAUUGUUUUCUAUGUGACUCCCAGUUUCACCGUCGAUACCAUUCUAAUCUUUCGUUGCUUCGUUAUGUUUGGGUACAGGAGGAGAUUCGUCGUCAUCCCCAUUGUCGCCUGCAUCAUCAUUGAUUUAGGAGCAAUAAUCUGCGGUAUUUUGGACUUGUCGAUACGGGCGCUAGGGCUUGAUGCAGCUCAUAUUGAGGUCAUAGACACACUCUCGGACAUCUGUGUCGGUUGUAAUGCCUUGCUAAAUAUUCUUUUGACUACCGCGCUCGCUGGAAGGAUUUGGUCGAUAUCAUGGAAAGGCGAAAUCGCGACAAAGCGAUCUAGCACGAUUGUUUCUAUCUUGCUUGAGUCAGGUUUAUUAUAUCUACUUACACUAGCUGUGAUGGCGGUUGGAAACCUUCUUGAGGCGGAGACCUUUGAUAUUGGGUCGAUUAUGAUUCAGGUUUCCGGAAUCGCCCCGACACUUAUCAUCGUUCGUGCAAACAUAGGUCGCCGACUUGAAGUUGAGGAUGAAAACCAGACCCAAGAUUCUGAUCAUCGUUGUACACGGAACGAAGGCACCGUCUUACUAGGCAACGUCUGUUCAAAUCGGGUGUAA